UCGUAUAAAUAGGCCCUUAACUUCCCUAUAAAUCGAUCAUUUAUGUUAUCAAAAUCAAUUAAACCAAGCAGUUUAAUUAAUUACUCUUACGAAUUCCUACGCCCCAUCACAAACAAUAACAUGGCUACUUCAUACAACUUCCUACCCCUCAUUCUCUUCCUGUCCUCUUUUCUUCUGCUUCCUGCUACUGCUACCGCUACUGCUGCUGCAGUUCAUAAUAACAUUCCUGAUUCCGAAAAACUGUCCUUUGAUCAAGUCUACCAGUUCGGCGACUCCCUAAGCGACACCGGAAACCUUGUGCUCGAAAAUCCUGUAGGAGCACACACUUUUGCCAACUUUCCUUAUGGUGUUAGCAUCCAUCAUCCUACUGGUCGUUGCUCUGACGGUCUUCUUAUCAUCGAUUAUUUCGCUAAAUACUUCCAUCUUCCACUCCUUAAACCUUAUCUUAAUAAACAAGCCAACUCUACCCACGGUCUUAACUUCGCCGUGGCUGGCUCUACCGCUCUAGACACUGCUACUCUAGCAUCUAAAAACAUUCUUUCACCUGUUACUAGUUCUUCGUUAUCUGUUCAGCUUAACUGGUUUAAGUCUCAUCUUGAAUCAACUUGUGGUUCUGGAUGCAAAAACAAACUCCAUAAAUCGGUGUUUUUUAUUGAGACAGGAGGUAACGAUUAUAACUACGCCUUACUUCAAAGGAAGACUCUAAAAGAGGUGAAAGAUAUGGUGCCUCAAGUGGUUGGUGCCAUUAAAGCAGCUGUGGAACAAGUUGUUAGUCUUGGUGCAACUCGAGUUGUUGUACCUGGAAACUUUCCUAUUGGUUGUUUACCCAUUUAUCUAGCUACAUUCGGAACAAAGGACCCAAAUCAAUAUGAUGAUUUGAAGUGCUUGAAGGGAUUGAACGCGUUCGCCAAGUUUCACAAUGAUGAGCUGAAACAAGCCAUCAGGGAGCUUCAAGCAGAGUAUUUUGACAAGAAUGUUGCUGUGAUCUAUGGAGACUUCUAUUCAGGUUUGAGGCGGAUUCUUUAUAAUGCGGAUGCAUUCGGGUUUAAAAAAGAUGAAGUACAUAAAGCAUGUUGUGGAUCUGGUAACAAUGCAUAUAAUUUUGAUUUGAUGAAGAUGUGUGGAAAUAAGGGAGUUCCAGUCUGUGCAGACCCAAGUCGACUCGUUAGUUGGGAUGGUAUCCAUUUGACUCAAAGGGCUUACAUGCGCAUGGCUCAAGGCUUGUUUCAACAAAUUGUUCCACAAAUCUUACAAGUUGUCUGAUGAAUUAUUAGAUAAUAGAAACUUGUUUUUUAGGAAGUCUUUUUUUCUAUUAUUAUGUAAUGUUAAGUUAUGUUCUUUCAGUUGUCACAACAAAAUACAGUUCAUGUUCAUUUACAUAAUGUGAGUACCAAAUUCUGUUUCCUAAAGUUA